UUGUUCUCCACAUUAUCUUCAUACUCUUCCCAUUAUCGAUUUAACUCUGACUCAUCAGUACUACAAUUCAGACUAUGAAGAUUAAUCAAAACACUGUACUACAGGGGAAGAGGGUAGCCCUAGUACCAUACAUGUCUGCUCAUGUACCCAGAUACCAUGAGUGGAUGAAGUCUGAAGAACUACAGCGUCUGACUGCAUCUGAGCCACUAAGCCUUGAACAGGAGUAUGAGAUGCAGUGCAGCUGGCGGGAAGAUGCAGACAAAUGCACAUUUAUAAUACUUGAUGCUGAAAAGUGGUCUAGUCAGAAAGCCACAGAAGAAGACUGUAUGGUGGGAGAUGUGAACUUAUUCCUUACCAAUUCCGAAGAUCCAACAGUGGGAGAGAUAGAAAUUAUGAUUGCAGAGCCCAGCUACCGUGGCAGAGGGUUUGGCAAGGAGGCCACUCUCAUCAUGAUGUUUUAUGGUAUUACGCAUCUUGGACUCGCUACUUUUGAAGCAAAAAUUAAAUUGGAAAAUGAAACCAGUAUUGGCAUGUUCAAAAAAAUUCAUUUUAAAGAGGUGGGAGUAAAUAGUACCUUCCAAGAAGUGACACUGAAACUGAUUGUGGAUGAACAGGAGAAACAGUGGCUUCUUGAGCAAACUAAUGGAGUGAUUGAAACAAAAUACAGUGCCAUGAAACUACAUCACAGUUGUGACAGCUGAGAAGCUAUGCUCAAUUUGUCUCAAAUUUAGAAAGACGGCUUUUUAUUGUCCAAAAUUGGAAUCGUGUCCUGAAUCCAUGGCACUAGUUCUUGCAGAAGAAGAAAAUGAAGUGUGACCUCUGCCUUGUUAUUGCCUUAGGGACUUUUUUUCGAAGGUUAUAAACAUCUAGGAUAAUUACAGCAAACUGCCUCAUCUUAGUGAGAAAAAAGAAUUUUCAGCUGAAAUCUCAUUCAGCUUGAACUGUGUUUGAGCAACAGCUGCUGACAAAAUGAUAUCAUGGACUUGUUUACUGUUUAAUUCAGUGCAACUAGCAAAGUAUGGCUGAGCUGCAUUUUGAGGCAAAGAACUCAAGAAUACUGUUACAAAUAGGUUGAGAGUGCUCCCAAUAUAAUGGCUGCAUUUUACCAAAAACCCUAACUUACCUUCUGAGAUGUUUUCCAACUUCCCAGUCUAGAACACAGUGUUGGGAUUUCCAACCCAGUAUUAACCCAGUCCAACACUACAGGGUAUUUUUUUUUUUAAAAAAAAAGCCAGAUAAAACAGCUAAUGCUAAUGAAGAGAGCUGACUCUGCCUGCCUGUAUAUAAAUGUUUUAUGGAUAUUAUACAUUACUGAUGGUACCAUAUCUGUACAUUUCCUUUAGGGAAUCAACCAUCCAUUAAUUCCAUUUGUGUUACAUUUCAGUCCCCUUUCAGAGUGAUUUCUCCACUAUCAGUGGAACCUGUUCUAUAAUUUCAAUAACAUACUUUAUCCAUUUUUGAAUAAGUUCAUUUUGUGAAGAAGCUUGUUAAAAAAAGCAAAGAUAAUUGAAGGUUUUGCUCUGUUUUCUUUUAUCUUCUAGUUCCUCCUAUUGUCCAACUUUCAAGGUCUCCUUAUCAUAAAAAUACAUAGGCAUCGUCAUUUUCCCAUGAUAAUUUUUUUUAAUUAAUUCAAGGCUAUAGUUCCAAAUCCCUCUGGCUGUUUAUUGCUAACCUUUUCUAAUCUAUAUACUAAGCACCAUUUUGCAAAUAAUCUAAAAAUAACAUUUGCAAUAUUUUUAAAUAUUAUCUACGGAAGGAGGAGGGAACUCACUGAGGAAUAUAGUAAAACCUUUCCAAACUGGAGACUUCAUAAUGGUUGUAAGCUCCAUUUUGUAUAACAGAUGGAUUAGCAUUGAUAAUUUGGAGUGGGAGGGACACUGCGUUUGGCAACACUAUUGCCUAAAGCUGAGCCUUCAACCUGUUUAAUUUGUGCUUCUAAUUGUAUUGUCUUUUUACUUUUUUUUAUCAAUGAUAAGCUACAUUGGAUGCCACGAACAAGCACAAUGACAGGUAUGGUCCUUUUAAAAAGCACAGACAAUCCAGUAGACCUGGGUAUAACCUAUGAUUUUCAGUCCCGAUUCCAAGUACCUCAAAAUAAAUUGCUAAGCUGUUGCCUGGAA